AUGACCUAUUACCCUCGAGUAUAUUUCGCAACGCAUGGACCAACCUUACAAACAAACAUUGGGUUCAAUGGACUGUUGAACAAGGGCCCAGGCAACCACUUUGGCAGUCCUUCCCAUGCGCCUGCAAACCCAGCAACUGAUAUCCAUAUGCAACCAAGCCUUGUACUACGGAUUGCAAUGGACCAGUCCGAUACACCUCUCUUCCAUGGCUUGGCAGGAACUUCAGUAGUGGAUCGACCAGCUGAAGGCAUGGAAUGGACACUCAUUCCUCCCAGAAGUACCUCAAGUCGAAGUGCAUACUAUUGUGAAUAUUCCGCAUUUUACAGUGGGGUUUUGCCUAUUUCCACUGGUACCAAAGCUGAUCUGGUUACAUGUGCACAGACCUGCUAUCUACAAGUAGUACCAAGAAAACUUUAUUUCAAACUUUGUUUUUUUGCUGUAAUACAAUCUGUUUCCAUGUUAAAGGUUAAUAAUCAGGGACUACGUCGCAUGUGUAUUGUUGAACUAUCCCUGGGUGAAUAG